AUGCCAAGACCCCGUGUUUCGUCCUUUUCUCUCGCGUCCUCGCCAUCUUCGCCUUCUUCUCGCUCCUCCCUCUCCACUGCUUCUGCGUCGCCGCCUCAUCCGCUUGUUGUCCAUUGCUUCCUGCCUUCCGACCCUGCGCUCGGCCCCCUGCCGCUCUGUCCCGUAACUCUUGAGCUCCUUCUCUACCGCAGGCUCUUCUGCGUCCAUGUCGAGUUCGUCUGGGAAAGACGCGUGUCUCUGUUUUCGCCUUUUCUGCCUCUCCGGGCGUCGGACGCGGCGGCUGAGGGGGGCCAAGCCUCGGCCUCGCUCCUCACCUCACUGCGGCAGGUCUUGCAUGACCCGGCGCUUCUCCUAGGCUCGCUCCUCGACAGAGAACGCCGAGAAACGCGCGCAGCGCUCGGACUCGCGCAGCCGCCCUGGGCACUGGACGGGGUGCGUGGCCUUCUCGCGGGAAAAGGCUUGAGGGAGGAAGUCCUCGCCAAGUCGGCGCAUCUCCAGAGCGCAGAACCUCACUCGCCGACUUCGCAGAAGAAUGGGAAACCUGCUGGAAGACGUGACUUCAGAGAAGGGAGAGGCAGACGGACAAAGACCACGCGACAGGAGCCAGGCGCACGCCCUCGAGAGACGCUCCGAGCUUCACUGGGAAAAAAACGCGCAGUCCAGAUCGACGACGCCUACGCCUGCCUCGUCGAAGUUGCCGUCAGCAACGCCUUGGAGUUCUACCUCUGGAACGACGAGGAGGUCUUCUCCAACUUCACUCUGCCUCUCCUCACACACUCUCUAGGGCCAGUCUCCGGCAGGGUAGUCGCGUUCGUCAGUCGUGCCUCUCGCCUUUGCUCUUUUUCCCUCGCGCCGAGCUCACUCCCGUCUCCAUCACCGUCCCCAGGCUCCUCCUCUACAAAUACCUCGUCUUCUGUCUCUUCUGUCUGGGCGCCCUGUCGCGGCGAAGGAGAGCAGGAAGGGACGGGGACGGAUGCGCCGCGAGAGGACAGAGAGACUGACAAGGACAGAGGAGACCCCGAGGCAGAGAGAAAGACCGUAGAGAGGGAAGCGAAAGAGGCGCAGAAGACGCAGGGAGAAAGACGCCUGGUCCUCGACAAGCACAGGCGAUCAGACGAGGCUGUGGUGCUUAAAGGCCUGCGGGAGACUCUCAAUGCACUCGCGUCGCUCCUUCAACAGAGGGGAAACGUCUUUUUCGGAGGCAGAGAAGGCAAACCCUCUCUCCUGGAUAUUCGCGCCUUCGUCUUUCUCUCCAUUCUCUUCUCCAUUCCCUUGCCUGAUCGGUGGGACAUCGAGCAGGUGCUCCUGGGGAGUGCGGGGAGCAGUGUCCUGGUGCAGUUUUGUUUGCGCAUGCACGGCGCGUUUCCCGUAUGGCCCGGAGACGCGACUUCCUUUCUUUUUGGCGUGCGAAGCAGCGUUGCAGCGCGAACAAUCUCUCGGGAAACGAUGUCUCUCUCCCCUCAACUGGACGCCUUGUGCAGAUACCACAGUUGGCGACGAGAAGAGAAAACGCGGGAAGAGAAAGACGGGGAAGCGAGCGGGAAGGGACAGGCAGCGGAGGGCGAGGAGUGGGAAGAAGGAAGGAGUGAGUCAUCUCGCUGGGCCGUCCCCGUUCACGAGCUCUUCAGCUUCGCGAGGCCUCCCGUCUCUCUGUACCCAAGAAGCUGGUCGGCUGUCGGAUGCCCAGCGACGGUUAUUUGUCUUGCACUUCUCGCUCUGUAUGCAGCCAGAAGGUAG